AUGUUGCUUGAUGGGCAGAGGAGGCUCAACUCUCAAAAAAAGUCGGCCAGUGUCGAUGAUCUUCGUGUCUAUAUCCAGGCGCCUCACUGCUCUUUCGGCUUGACUAACUUCUUCUCCUCCGAGCUACCAACCAUGCCCCAAUCUGUUGCUCCAUCAGCCGUCUUUACACUCGAUGCCUCUCUGACCAACUCUUCGGAUCGGAAUGUUAUGCCAAAUCAGCUGGUCCCCACGGGUCGAAGCAACCCGGAACAUGUGGUACCUUCUCGCAGUUCCCUGGGCGGGCUGCUCUUCGCUCCGGUAGGAUCAUUGUCUCGCCGUCUACCUCCGGUUGGACUGGCACCUCGACCUGGGCUGGCGCAAUCGGGCAUAAUCUUGACACCUCAGAAUCUGCUGCCUGCAGACGACAUCACGAGUCAGACACUCAUUGAAAUGCGCGAGGAGGAAGAGGAAGAGGCAAAAGAAGAUGAUGAUGGGCAUGAAGCAUACAAUGGGGCGAAUGCUAAGGAGAUAUCGACUUGUUGGGACAUCAGAGAUGAGGUAGAGUGGACGAAGAAUGGUCAGAGACGGGGAGAUAAAGCAGGCAAAGAGUUGCACAAUGCUCUGGAGGCAAGAUCCGAAGAAAUACGCCGGGCGAAUGCUGAUAUUCUGCAUGCGGAAGCUGAGGCUAGCUUUUCGGAUAAUCGUUUUGACUCUGCUAAUAAAGAGUCUGGCAUGGUGCAGACUUUACACUUAGAUGGUAUCAACAAAAGGUCCUCGGAGACACCCGUUGAGUCCAGUCUGGGGCAACGAUGCAUAGCGGACGGAAGCAGCAUGCGUAAAGCGCUGACUGAAAGGAGUCUGGUGCUAGAGCUGCUGAGAUCUGAGAAUAAACCGGAGGAAAGUCGAAUUAGUACGCCCUAUGAUGAGUUUCCUGCUCGUAUCAGCAGUGGACCAUCACACGAGUACAUUCUCAGAACUUUUGUUUACAUCAAAGUCGGAAUUAUCAGGGCAAUACUCAGUCUUGCUGGCCCGUUAGAACUUCCAGAAGCAUCAUUAACUUUUUACCUUUAUUACCCAUUCUAUGGCCAGUCGUCCGUCUUGCAAUCAAAAACCACACGCGGAAACCGAUCGGCUCUCUUUCCUCUCGGUCGGACGUUGGCUGACGGACAGAGUUUUCGGGGCGGACAAAACUUGCCCACAAACAUGUAUCCGGCCGUUUCGAGCCUGAAACCUACACAUAAACUUGCAGUAGAAAGCGCUGUACCACCAACAGGCAGCCACGAUAGUCUUUUUCAGCAUUUCGAAUCCCUCUCGGAUGUACACAGGCCUCGAUCUGUGCCCGGUCAUGCCGUACCGAUCUCUACCUUCCAUCAAAACUCGGCUCACUCUGCUUGCUCUGCCUCAGCAUCACCGACAUCCUCUUCAUACCAAACCUCAUGGAAAGAGGCGAUAAUGUGUACAUCACCAUUGCCUCAGGCUACUUCACCCACACUCAAACCCUUAUCGACAUCAUCAUCAGCAAGAGCAACUGGAACAGUUGAAACUCUUCCAUUGCCAGGCGGCACCCCUUUUCCUGGAAGCAGUGAUGUCUACUCGCCAAGGAGUUCCACUCAUCUUGCACCUGACGCCUCCAAUUUG